UAAGCGUUUCGAUCUGUACUUUGAAAGCAGCUGACAGCGUGUGGUAAUGUGCUGACUGGCACUAUGGGCAGGCGGUACCCGGGGGCUCACUAUCGGCCAAGCAGCUCAUAUUUCAAAUUAUAAUCUAUUUCCUGAUGCAUUGCUGACGCCCCGUGAGCCAUGUCAGAAGUACUUCCAGUCGAUUCCGGUGUGGACGCAUUGGCAGUGUUUAUGGCAAGCAGCAGCACGACGGAUGUUGUGAACCGCAACAACCCCGCCACCCCGCCGAACACCCUUAACCUGCGCUCCUCUCAUAAUGAACUUCUGAAUGCAGAAAUUAGGCACACAGAGACCAAGAACAGCACUCCUCCGAAAUGCAGGAAGAAAUACGCUCUGACUAACAUUCAGACAGCCAUGGGUCUUUCCGAUCCAGCAGCACAGCCCCUUCUGGGGAACAGCUCUGCCAAUAUAAAGCUGGUGAAGAAUGGAGAAAACCAGCUCAGGAAAGCAGCCGAGCAGGGACAGCAGGAUCCCAACAAAAACCUCAGUACCACUGCGGGCGUAAACGUAACUUCUGAGAAGUUUGAAGGCAAAGAGCUGAUCCCGCAGGAUUCUUCUGGCUGUGAAAUAUUACCCUCGCAGCCAAGGAGGACCAAGAGCUUCCUGAAUUACUAUGCGGAUCUAGAGACAUCUGCUAGAGAGCUAGAGCAGAGUUUUGUUGUAAUGGAAGAUAAAUCUGCGCAAAGCAACAGCCAGGCUUCUACCGUUAUUGUCAAUGGGGAAGUCCUGCCCAGGAAACAAAACAAGCUGUCAAGCCCAGAGGGUGGCCAAGUUGCCACAGUGUCAUCAAGCCCUGAGACUAAGAAAGACCACCCAAAAACUGGGGCCAAAACAGAUUGUGCCCUCCACAGGAUUCAAAACCUGGCCCCAAGCGAUGAGGACUCCAGCUGGACUACGCUGUCCCAGGACAGCGCCUCGCCGAGCUCACCUGACGAAACAGCAGAUAUAUGGAGUGAUCAUUCAUUUCAGACAGACCCAGACUUACCACCCGGCUGGAAAAAAAUAAAUGACAUCGCUGGGAUCUACUACUGGCACAUACCAACAGGAACAACUCAAUGGCAACGUCCCGUGUCCAUCCCAACAGAUCUCCAGGGCUCACGGAAAGGAUCGCUUGGUUCCAUUACUCCAUCUCCUACUCCAGAAACUGAGAAACAGCCAUGGAGUGAUUUUGCUGUACUGAAUGGGGGAAAGAUUAAUAGUGACAUUUGGAAGGAUCUGCAUGCAGCCACUGUGAACCCAGACCCAAGUCUGAAAGAGUUUGAAGGAGCAACGUUACGCUAUGCCUCUUUGAAGCUCAGAAAUGGUCCACAAUCUGAUGAUGAUGAUUCUUGUAGCAUCAACAGUGAUCCAGAAGCCAAGUGCUUUGCUGUGCGAUCUCUGGGCUGGGUAGAAAUGGCAGAAGAAGAUCUGGCUCCUGGAAAAAGCAGUGUUGCUGUGAACAAUUGCAUCAGACAACUCUCUUACUGUAAAAACGACAUCAGAGACACUGUUGGCAUCUGGGGAGAGGGCAAAGACAUGUACCUUAUACUGGAAAAUGACAUGCUGAACCUGAUUGACCCCAUGGACCGCACAGUUCUUCAUUCGCAGCCCAUUGUGAGCAUCAGAGUCUGGGGAGUGGGUCGUGACAACGGCCGAGACUUUGCUUAUGUGGCAAGAGACAAAGACACAAGAAUUCUGAAAUGUCAUGUGUUUCGAUGUGACACACCAGCAAAAGCCAUCGCCACAAGUUUACACGAAAUCUGCUCAAAGAUUAUGGCCGAACGGAAGAAUGCUAAAGCUAUGGCUUGCAGCUCAUUGCAAGAGAGGACAAAUGUCAGCCUUGAUGUUCCUCUGCAAGUAGAUUUCCCAACACCAAAGACAGAACUGGUACAGAAGUUCCACGUCCAGUACCUGGGCAUGCUACCUGUAGCUAAACCCGUGGGAAUGGAUACUCUGAACAGUGCCAUUGAAAGUCUAAUGGCUUCCUCUAGCAAAGAAGACUGGAUGCCAGUUACCAUGAAUGUUGCCGAUGCUACUGUCACAGUCAUCAGUGAAAGAAAUGAAGAGGAAGUCAUGGUGGAGUGUCGUGUGCGGUUCCUGUCCUUCAUGGGAGUCGGCAAGGACGUUCACACAUUCGCCUUCAUUAUGGAUACAGGAAACCAGCAUUUUGAGUGCCACGUUUUUUGGUGUGAACCAAACGCAGGCAAUGUAUCAGAAGCUGUUCAGGCUGCUUGUAUGUUACGGUAUCAGAAGUGCUUAGUAGCCAGACCUCCUUCACAGAAAGUUCGACCGCCCCCACCUCCUGCAGACUCGGUGACUAGAAGAGUUACAACUAACGUAAAAAGAGGAGUGUUGUCCCUCAUUGACACUUUGAAACAGAAACGCCCGGUCACUGAGAUGCCAUAGCUGCGUAAGAGAGAAGAUUCUCCUACCACUUAACUGAAGAUAACAGUAGCUACACUAAGGAAAAUGAACUGACGAUGUCUGGCCUUCCGUUUCAAGUUGCUGAUGCUUUGUCUUCAGAGAAUUUACCCUUACCGAAACAAUGUUAGACAAGCAUGUUCUCUUGUUCUUGCCACCAUCGUGUGAUAUGAAAAGAAGCAUGAAUAAUUUUUUUGCUGUCAGUGAGUUACAUCAUGAGCGAUGGAAGGUCUGUUUGGUUGUAAAUACAUGAACAUUACCUAAACUCACACAAAAAAAGAAUAUGGCCACAUCCCUCCCAGUGAACUCAUGCUAAAGUCCUUGGAGUGAAUGAUGCCUGAGUUGAUAGUUUCACCGUCUUGAGCUGGAUUUGCCACAAGCCAAUCUUAAAUCCUACAGCACUCUGCUCUGUUUUCAACACUGGAGUAGGUACCAAGUAUUAGCUACCAUUGAAUUACUAUAGAUGAAAUACCGAGUUUUAUUUUUUACAGAACUACACCUCUUAGUUUUAAAUUGUUUGUCAGCAUUGGUCUAGCAACCACUUUGACAUCUCCCUGACAUGCUUUUGAAUCAUGGUGUCAUUAUUUCAUCUCCUGGUUAUACAUCACGGUCUUAGAGAAGAAUCGUGUUUAGUACCAAACCGAUGCUGAAAAAUCCAGAAGUGUUUUCAGUAACUGAGUUGCUGGGUGAUCCACUGAAGCUUUGCAGCUUUAAACAUACAAACGCAACUGUUGGCUGUUAAAUUUAUUCUCCUAAAUCUGUCAUUAAUUCAUCAAAAAUACCGUUUGUAUUUCACGCAGGGCUCAAACCAAUCAGGAGUAAAAAGAACUAGUCAGUAGUUUUAUUGUCUUACAACUCUUAUAGAGACUAAAAUACUCCAUACCUUUUCCAUACGAGUGUUUGAUGAAAUGUUCAAUUCAGCGUCUGGUUGCACAAUCCCCCUCCCCCCUCCCCCCCCCCGAGUUUGUUGCUGAAUCCUUAAUGUGCCACAAAAAGAACAAUCACGUUUCUUGUUAUUUACAAAAUUCCAUGAAAUUUCUUUUACUUUUAAUGCUCUUGUGACAAAAUAAGGAGAGAGUUGUUUUCUAACAGGAUAGUGCUUUGGGUGGUACAACUUGAUUUCAAUGCUUUUGCUCCAAAGGCUUCAUCUAACUGCUUUCACUUACACACCACUGCAAACCCUGACAAAGUCAGCCCAGUAUUGCCCCUUAAAAUUGCACCUCGGGCUAAUUUUCAAACGCACUUAUGCAUCUUGAGUCCCUCCCUUUGCCAUCUUCUGUCUAGACCUGCAGAUUGGUACAAAUUUUGGAAAUGGAACGUUACAGGUAUUUUGAACUAGCGUUAAAAAUGUUUUGCCUCCAUUUAUAGAUACGUUCCAAAUUGUAACCGUCUCCCAAGUCUGCAAAUCUGGUCAUACCGUAAUUUUAAAAGAACAUUGGCAAGCUUGUUGUUACAAGAACUCUUUUUUUAUUUUACUAUGCAAGAGACUGUUAUAAACAAACUAUUUUCUUUUUAUUUCCUUGUUUAAAGAAAUUAACGGCAACACCUGGGCAAAACAACUUAGGAACACAAGGGGAAGAGAAUGAUGAUUCAAGAAAUUUCUGCACUGAAAAAUGCAGAAAAACCAUUAAACUAAACGCAGCGUGAUGUAUGAGCGAGUGUCAGGUGAAGGCUAGCUAUGCAACUGUCGUCAUUAAGUGUAGCUCUCUAGAAUACCAGCUGAAGAGCUGAUCCUCCACCGAUCUCAAAUCUCUUUCUGACCGGGAUUCUGCACCCCAGACACUGAAGCGAUUGUUCCCCCUCCCAAGGCUCGCAUUCCCGCUACCUCCUUUGCACCAGCUCUGUUGCCGGUACAGCUGGAGGAGAAGUUGCUUGGGCCAAGCAGGCAGGGAGAACCGGAGGCGAGGGGACACAAACCACCCCGCCCCUUUUAGCAGUACCAAUGGUUAACUGACCGUGGAGCCAGAGCGCGGAGCACGGCGAUGGCAGCUCGCAUACGUGCUUGUUUAGUUCCCAGCGCUGAUCCCAGUGGCGUCUGCUAGGAGCAGUGUGAAAACUCGCUUCCUGUCAUGACUGCUACCAAAAUGUGGUGGGUAACAAUGUACCUUUAGGUAGGAUCGUGAAGUUAAGAGAGGAAAGUUUCCUUAUUCGUCAUCGUGCUAGCGAUUCAAACUUUGACUUUACUUCAUUUUAAAUUACAGAAAAUCCUUUGACAGUGAGUGUCUUUUUAAAGUUCCAGCUGGAAACGCCAGGAUUUGGGAUUUGCAACUGUUCUACAACAGUGAAUUUUAAACAGUGUAAUUAAAUUUUGUAGUUGCAUCUGCACAGUGCCGAUUCUCCCCGAGAGAGACCCGGGCUCUCUUUAAACUAAACCGACACUCGGCAAACAGCAAUGUAAAGAUUCUCCUACAUCGGUGUUGUCGAGGCUAUGAACAUCUAGUUAGCUUUCACUAGCAAAGCGUGCAAUUGCAGGAAGGGCUGAGGAGAAGCCAGAGGAAUUUGAAAAGCCGUAGGUCACUUGCCAAUAUAUGUUUUCAGAGUUUUGUGUCUGUUAACAAAACAUUGUUGAUUUUGCAAAUAUUUCAGUAGCGUGCUUAAUGGCCUGACUAUACGCGGCCUUUUUGCUUCAGCAGAGCUCCUUAUUCUCCGAAAGAUUAAAUAUACACCCAGGUGUUUGCAGAACCAGAGCCUAGUAUUGCAAAGCCAGUUGUCUUUUGUUAAACAAUAUAUUAAGACACUCUUUUUACCAUGGCCAAAAACGUGUGUACGGGGUAUGUGUGUUUGAGCAACUGCCACUGUUUUAGUUGAUGUUAUAGUGACCCUUCAGUUAUCUAUGCAUUUUUUUUAAUAAUACCUAGUGACUGUAGGCAGGCAGCCAUGUUCACUAUGCUUUGUAUGUCUGACGCCGUAUUUUAAAUUAACCUGUUAAAUACAGCUUAAAAUAUUUUUAUUUUAUUUAUUCUGUUUUUACUGAAAUAUCCUGCAUUAUUAUGUUGAUGUAUUGUCUUUACUGGACGUGCACUUGUAACAUUCUCCACUCUGUAUACUGUAGGUCGCCUAAAAAAAGGCAGGCUUUGUAA